CACAGUAAAACUAAACAUGGCGUUUUCUAAUCAAAUACAGCAAAACGACACAGCUUUAUCUUCUCCAUCACCUGAAAUGUUCUCAUUCCCUGGAACACCAACCGAAGAUCAAUCCAAAGACCCAACAAAGCAAACCGCCAUUAAUGAGUUUUCUUCAACUUCCCCAGCUGAUCAAUUUUUCUUAAAUGGCCGUCUCCUCCCACACGAUUUCCCCGUGCAAACAACAAGCAGCACACGCUCAUCCUUCUCGGGUCGAGAUCAAAUGAGUUCUUAUUCUCAAUCUACUACUGAAAUCUUAUCGAGAGGAACAAGUGCAGGUAGCAAAGAAUAUUCUUUGGUAUCUUCUAGAAGUAAUAGCACCAACAGUAGUAGAGGUAGUACAUGCAGUAGUAUUAGUGUAGAACAAAAGAAAACAUCAUCAUCGUCUCAUAAAAGAAUGAAUAGUUUAAGAUCAGAAAGAAAUAAUGGUACAAGUUCAUCAUCAUCACCAUUGGGAAAGUAUUAUAAGUAUGGAAGUUCAUCAGGAUCAUCACAGAGAUGGCAGUUUAUUACAGCUGUUCCGCCUGUGUUGGGUCCAAGUCAAUCACGGCGAGGGAGAAAAGAGAAUAAUGGUGUGGGGUCCACAACAAGUCCUAGGAUGAAGAUCAUCAAGAAUAAAGAUGGAGGAAGUAAUAAUAAUAAUAAUAAUAAUAAUAAUAAUAAUAAUAAUAGUAGUAGUUUUAUGUAUAGAAUGUUGAGAUCAGUUGUGGCCACUUGUAAAGCUUGUCAUGCUAUGGAGGGUCAAGAUAAAGAGUUUGAGUUGGAUGCAGUCGGUGAGGUGUUGGGACAUUAGAGUUCUAAUUACUUGUUCUCUUUAAUUUCCUACAUCAUCAUCUUAUUUAAAAUAUCCUGCCCAUAGGAAACAAUAUAUGAUUAGGGUUUGAAGAUGAAAUGAAAAUUGAUAACUUAUGCCCAUAAAGAAAAAUACGGCAAAAGAAUCUUUCACCUCGAGAAAUAUCCUCUGAAAGGAAUGUUCUUACAACAAAUUAAAAUGGCUAAAUGAAAGUGAAUUCUGAAAUUUGUAUCUUACCACACAAGUUUCACGCUUAAUUUGCUAUGUUUUGAUUUUUUUUAUAUAUUAUCGGUUAUUUUUAAUCUUGAUAUAUAGCGAAUUGUGUAGGAUUGAUAUUCAGAUUCUUAAGGGAAUGUGUUUGCCUUUCGGUUUUUUUUGUUUUGUUUUUUCUUUUUUUGGAUUUUGAGUUUUCUUGGAGAAUGGAGAUUUAUUGACUUGUAAAAUAUGAUUAAUUAUGGGAAAUUUGGUACUUGAUAUUAGAAAGAAGUUUGCUUUACGAAAGGGUUAACAUGGUUUUGAGUGAUUAAAUGCAUUGAUAAUGAUGGAAUUGCUAGCUCAUAUAGAGGAGUCUAAUGCUUUUGUUAUUUUAUGUCUAGUUAUUAUAAACUUCUUUUAUGGAUUCAAAACAUUUGAUAUAAAACAUAUAGAUAUAUA